UUCAAGUUGGAUGUCUCUACUACUACCAAAUUACACCUAGGACUGAUCCUCACUUUUUCAAGGGCUUAUCCUACUUCUACCCAGUUUAUCUGUCUCUCAACAGCGCAAUGGCUUACAGCAGCGUCCUAGAUCGACCGAUCCAAUUGAGACAUGACGAUGACGACGACGAAGAGGCAGAAUUGGUUUCUUCCGACCAAGAUAUAAGCGACAGUGAUCAAUCACAAGAGAGCGAAUCCGCUGAAAGCGACUCGCAAUCCGAGCACGAGGAUGCCGAAGAUCCCAGCUCGUCAGAAGAAGAUGUCGACUUAAACAACAUCAGCUUCGGUGCGCUAGCGAAAGCGCAGGAGACCUUUAAGCCCAAGGAAAGAAAACGCAAAUUGGGCGAAGCGCUUGAGCAGGCGGGAACGAACAAAGAGAAGGUCAAUGAGGAGAACACAUUCAGCACUCGUCGACGCGCCAAGGAGCCUCGCAUCGAUGCGCCGAAGCGAACAUCGAAACAUGCACCGGCUGUAGAGUCGGCUCGGAAACCUGUUUCCAGAAAAAGAACAAUUUUCGAGCCACCGCCUACAGAAAAGUUCCGAGAUCCCCGCUUCGAUCCUGCCGUCAUGUCGGCGAACCGGGACAGAAACGCCGUGGAGAAGGCCAACAAGAACUACUCUUUCCUCACGACCUAUCAAGCCGCGGAAAUCCUCGAACUGAAAAACCAGAUCAAGAAGACUAAAGAUCCUGAAGUGGUUGCCGACCUGAAGCGACAAGUCAUGUCGAUCGAGUCGAAGCUGAGGAACGCCGAAGCUAGACAACGCGAGAACGAAAUACGAAGAAAACACAAGCAGCAAGAGAAGGAAGCCUUACGGACGGGACAAAAGGCCAAACCAUAUUACUUGAAGGAGGCGGAUGUGAAGAAAUUGGCCAAGCAGGAGAGACUGGAGAGUAUGAGCAAGCGGGCGCGUGAAAAGGCCGAAAAGAGACGGCAGAAGAGAGAAAAGGGGAAAGAUGCGAAAGAUAUGCCUCGCGUAAGACGAGAAGGAUGAAGCCAGGAGAAUGGCAAGGAAGAAGGGAACUAGCCAUACAAAUCUAUCGGCAGCGGCCAUCAAAUCAUCGAUGGUCAUGGCUGCAUAGUCAUAUCGACAACAAGUUUCCCGCCUACUCCACGAUGAUAAUCGUCGACCAAGUCGUUGAGUCUUUCCAAAGGAUAGGUCCUGAUCUUGGCUCUGACACCAUUCUUCGCAGCAAAGUCCACCAUGGCUUGCAACUGAUGGUUGCGUCCUGUCAAGACACCCAGCAGUUUGAUAUGUCGAAAGACCAGAUCACCGGGCUUAAACCGCCAGCCAUCCUUGGGGAAACUGACACAGACGCAUGUGCCGUGAUUCCUGAUGAUGGCCAUGCCAAAAUCAAAGGCGGCCUGCGACUCUGGCAGGAUAAGGGAAGCAUCACACCCUUUCUCUCCUUCGCGGCCUGGACUUGCCUCUCCGAAGACACGUCUUUUGACGUUCUCGACCGUCUCCUUCAACGCAUCUACGGGGGUGACAUUUUGACCGUCUUCACCCAAUCCCUCAAUCACCUCUUUCAACAUGCCCAUCGCAGGCGUCGUGUCGACCGCGAGAACAUGCCAACCCAAUUUCGCGGCAAAUUGCACCCCCAGGUGUCCCAGCCCGCCUCCAGCCCCGAGGAUUGCAAUGGAUUUACGUUUCCCGUCGCCUCCACCAUGCGCUCCAUUUUGAAGAUCCGAAGCAGUGACAUCGACUCCCGCCGUCUCUAGUGCAUUCCACACAGUGACACCAGCACACAUCAGCGGCGCGACAUCGACAGGCCGCAUGGACGCUUCAGGCACGCGUGCAACCUGCCUGAUGUCCACCAGACAACACUCCUGAAACCCACCGUCACGAGACAAGCCUAGGUUGCCCGCCCGGGGACACCAGACACCAUACCCAGGCUCAUCACCCCCGUUGUCCGUACACUCGGCGCACUCUCCACAGCAGCUGAAUGCACGACCGGGAACACCCACCAGCUGAUAUAGUGUGAUCCCUUUUGCUUUGCCGAACCUUUCGGCCUUGUCACCCAUGGCUAUCACGACGCCGGCGAACUCGUGGGAUCCCACGCGGGGGAGGUCCUGUUGCAUCGCGCCACAGGCGAAUACCGCAUCGGUAUGGCAGUAGGAUGCGGCUUCCACGCGGACCAGCAUUUCGUAGCCUUCCGGUGCGCGUGGGAGUGGGAAGUCGGUCCGGAAUGUGUAAGGUUGGUUGAACGCUUCGAGUACUUGAGCCCGCAUUUUAACCUGUGAUGAUGAUGAUGAUCCUUGAACUUCUUGUUGCUGCAAGAUCGUUGAUAGAGGCGAGAACUGCGCCGGUGGCACUUUCGUGGAUGGUGGCGGUGAUAGUGGUAGCGGUGCAAGAGAUCCUGUUCCGCAGACCAAGCAACGUCGUCCUCCUAGACUCGUAGUCGUUUUUGGCGAUGGUGGUAGUAGUAGCGCGUGUCCUACUAGUAGCCGUCGUAAUGCCAGUUUUAGAAGGAUA